AUGACCGCGCGUAAGGCAUCAAAGACAAGACUGCUCCUCUGCUUGGCUCCUUGUAUCACAAAACGCGACUACGAGGAGUGGUGUGAAGAUGAGAUCAUGGAUAGCGACUACGAAGACGAAGAGAAAGAGGAGCUCAAUAAGAACUUUUCGGCUACCAUUAAAGAGGCGGCCACCGAGGACGCUGACCGUGGACAGAUGAUCCUUGAUCUGGCUAUCGCCCUCGGGUUCAGUCGGCGUCUGGACUGGGUAACCAAGUGCGAAUUGACGAGCACUCUCUGGAACGAAGUGCAUGCCGUCGACCUCGCAAGCCUUGUCGUCGGCUGGAUGUCCGACGCGACCGUUGCCUAUCUCCUCGGCACUGGAAGUAUUGACAAGGUCGAAGCUGCCAAGACGCACCAAGCCGCGGGCAUAUACGCGCUGGUGCAGAGCUUCGAUUCUCAGCGAGAAGGCGUCUAUAUCGGCAAAUCAGACUCGAAUAGACAAUCGUGCCCUGAUACGGCAGCCGAACGGCGCAAGCCCUUAAGCGCAACGUCUGUGAGGGCCAUUUUCGUCAGUCUGAUCGAAGCGGCCUUCAUCGCUCUGCGCGGUACCUACAGAAGGAGUGCCGAGUACAGCAGCGACGCCCACGCCGUCUUCGGAACUUCUGUGGGCACUGUGCCUUUGAACGGUACACCUGGUACGAAGACUCGGCAGCACGUGCAGUGGCACUCAUCGGGAGCACCACUGGACAUCGACCGUCAGUGGAAGUCCUGCGAAGCCAUCUCUCAAAUGAGCUCAAAGGCGAGAAGGGAGGUCUGCCUCGGCUCACGCUGA